CAACAGGGAUGGGCUGAACUUUCAGGAAGACGUGUUGGCGAUCACUCGGGUAUAAUGGCACAGAAGAUAAAACUUCUGGUGCGCAGUGCAGUAUUCAUCUCAGCAAAAUUUCCAGUAUGUAGAUGACUGUGCCGUUAAAUUUUUGUUCAGACUAACACCACACCAUGUUUCAAGACAGAUGGCCAGCAGCUGAUAUCCAAUCUGAUGAGGCGUACACAGACUUCAGAAGUUGAUCCAAAAUGACUACGGCAAAGCCUCCUUGUUCCAUUGAAAACUGGACUGAGGAAGAUGUCCACCACUGGCUGAUCACAGAGGUCAAAGUUCAUCAGACAGAUGCAGACAGAUUCGUUGAAGAAGAAGUGUCAGGAUCAAGUUUAGAUGAGUUUAAAAAGGAAGACAUCUUGGACUUGGGAAUAAAACACGGUCCUGCUGUAAAAAUCACAUCCUAUCUAAGAAAUCUGAAAAAAGGAUCACAACAUGAGCCGCAGUUCCCAGCAUAUGUGGAAAAGUGGACAAAGGAGCAAGUGGCCCAGUGGUUACUGCAGCAUGUUAGGAUAUACAACAAAUAUGCAGUACGAUUCCAAGAGGAAGAUGUGUCUGGAGAUUGCCUUGUUUGCUUCACGAAGCAAGAUUUACUGGACCUGGAAGUGAAAAGCGGUCCUGCUGUAAGAAUUCUGUCAGAACUCCGUCAGCUGAAAAACAAACCAGAGCCGACACUGGAACCCAUCCUUCACACCAGCACAGACCAAACAGAAGCUCCAAAUCCCACUCAACCUAAGCUGAGUCUGGCGCAGGCCACGGCAUCCGAACAACCAGAAUCACGUGACAAUAUUGAAUCAAAAACAGACAAUACGGUGGAAAAUGAACAAGAAAAGACUCAGCGACCAUCCAAGAAAGCUUCAGAGAAGGAGGAAAUUCAGCAGCCAAGGCCACGAGACUUGGGGGCCAGGAGAAAAGAGGUUUCUAAAACUACAGUCCUACAAGACGCAUCCAAGAUUAAACUGGAGAUAAAGAAGACCCUAGCCAACCUUUCACCACAUGACCUGAAAGAUUUCCAUUUCUGCUUACAAGAAUACUCAAAAUCCAAACAUACACCUAUUCCUCGGUGUAAACUGGAAAAGAUUGACAUCAUGGACACAGCUACAUUAAUAAUUGAGCACUUCAGUAGCAAAGAUGCUUUACAAGUCACAAAAGAUGUUCUAAAAGAAAUCAAUCAGCUUCAACUCAUCUGUGACCUGGAAAAGAACAUGGGCCAACUGGAGCAGCGGACUCUGUCAGAACAUGUUUUGAAGAAAGAAGCUAACCAGGGUGACAAACUAAAGAAUUUAUUAACUUGUGGUGGGAACUCACUGGAUAAUUAUAACAGAUUUGUUGUUGUAGUAAACAAGAGCAGUCCAGAACAAGUGCAGUAUCUACAGUUCUUGAAUAAGCUAAAACUGUUCUGUGUGUUAGAUUUUGACCCCAACUCCAUUGCUCCAGGUGGACUGUGUCAUUCCUACAGAGAGUCAAGGGUAGCCAAUCUUCACACUCCAUCACAAUAUCAAGGACAAACUGAGUCAGUAAUCAAGAACCUGAACCUCUGCAAACAGACCAGCUGGGUCUUCUGCAAUGGCAGACAUGAUCUUGACAGUGACUCAAACAAGGAGUUAGACUAUAGGAACUGGCUGAGGAAAUCUUGUGGAGUUGUAGACCAAUUGGUUUCAUUCAUUUGCAACCCUGAAGUUCUUCUUCAUGGAAGAAGUCUCAUCAUAUUCCUCCUGCUUUCACCUGUGGAUACUGAGAAAGACCCAAUCUUUGACACCUACAAGUCUUUCAUAAAAUACACUGAAGAGGAAGGCAUCGUCACAAUUUGUGAAUCUCAGCACUCAUAUGAGAAAUGGAGGGAACUGAUACAAGAAAAGUGUGAGUCUGACAUCGACCCACGAUCCAUAUACGCUCUGACCCUUAGCGAAGUCAAUGGAACCAUAAUGGCACUGGGACCACUCAAUCAGUCCACUGGAAGGCUGCUUCCCUCCUCUGGUUCCAGUGCUGUUGUCCUGAAACAGAAGGAUGAAGAUUUCAUGCCCGCUCUGGACAUUUUGUGCCUGAAUCAGUGUGAAAACAUUUAUGAUGAAAACAGUCAAGAGUUUCAUGAUUUCAGGAUCAAAGUUGAGGAGGAGUUCUACAGAGGAGGCAAAGUCAAAUGGUGGAACUUCUACUUCUGUGACAAAGACAAAGACAAGCCAUUUGUCAAGCGGGACAAGUAUGAAAAUGUGAAGAAGAUGAUCAGGUCUCAGUUGAGAGACUCAAAAAACAUAUGUGCUCUGAUCAAUCUGUUUCACCAUCCAGGCUGUGGUGGCACCACCUUAGCAAUGCACGUGAUGUGGGAUCUCCGUCAUGAGUUCAGAUGCGCUGUGCUGAAAGACAACACACUGCCAAAGACAGAAGUUGCCAUUCAAGUUCAAAGGCUCAUGAAACUUGAAAGUGAGAGACCAUCUCCAGUUUUGCUGUUAAUCGAUGACUCAAAGGAAACUGGGAAUCCUCAUGAUCUUGUGAACUGCAUACAUAAAGCUGCAUUAGAGGACAGCUUAAAUAUAAAUAUAGAUGAUGCACCAAACUGCAAAGUGAUCAUCCUUAACUGUGUUCGUUCCCAUAGUCCAAAGGACCAGUACAGACAGCACAAUCCAUCACAAGCUCAAUACAUAACUGCUUCAUUGACACAAGAAGAACAGAAGGACUUUGAAAAGAAACUCAAAGAGCUUGAAGAAACCCAUGAAAACCCUAAAAACUUUUACAGCUUCAUGAUCAUGAAGCGCAAUUUUGAAGAAAAAUACAUCAAUGAUCUUGCUCGUAACACACUGGUGAACUUUGAUAUCAGCAAAAAGGAGGCCCGACUGUUUGCCUUCCUGGCAUUACUGAACACCUACGUGGCAGGAUCUGAAAUUUCUCUCUCUCUCUGUGAAGAUUUUUUGGGGAUGAAAAUGAUUCGCUGGCAAGAGGACAGUAUACUGGACAGAAUGAAGCCAUAUUCAAACUUUCUCAUCAUAGACACAGUUGAAGACUGGGGAGGAUACAAAGGAAUCCGAAUCCUUCAUCACUCCAUAGCAUCUGCAUGUCUUGAUGAGUUUGAGAGAAGCUGCUAUUUGAAAGUAAGCGAUAUCACUGUAGAGAUUCUUCACUGUGAUCUGUUCUUCAGUGUUGGAGUUGUCAAACACAGAUUCAUGCUAUCAAUUCAACGAAUGUUGAUUGAAAGGCAGCGCAAAAAAGGUGAGAGAGAUGAGAGAGAGCCAUUUUCUCCUCUCAUAGGCAAAAUCCACAACCAGCAAGGGAGACAAACUGUCCAAGAAAUCUUUGUGAAAGCAUCAUCCAGGUUUGUGACAAGUGCAUCUAUUCCACAGGCACUGGCAAGAUAUUUGUGCAUCAAUGAGCGUGACUUCCCAGAAGCUCUGAAAUGGGCAGAAAAGGCCAAGAACAUUAAGGAAAACCCAUACACAUUUGACACAAUUGGGCAGAUUCACAAAAGCAAUUUAAAAUCUAACAACCACAAAGAAAAGCAGGAGACAUCAUGCAAUCCAGAAGACCUAAACACAAACAUUAAAAUAGCAGUAAAUGCCAUCACAGCAUUUAGAAGAGCUCAAGAGCUGGCAAAUGCAGAGGAUGAACCUGAGAUGGAGGCUGCUGAUGAUGAGUCAGAUGACUAUCCCAGAAAGUCAUAUAAUGUUUUUGGCUAUGUAGGUGUGCUGGAAAUUGCCUUCCUUGUCCUUGAGAUUUUGAGCAGAUUGCCGUUCUUUGAGCAAAGUGAUCCAAUGAAGAAGAAGUACUUGCAGAGUUUUCUGGAAAAAACAAUCCCAAUCACCAGCGUGUAUAAGGAGGACAAUGAGAUCAACAAUAGAUACGUGGAGAUCAUCAAAGAACACAAGCAGUUUCUCCUCAGUCUGAAAACUGAAGUAAAGGAAAUGUUUGAACUUUUUGACUGUUACUUCACAUAUAUAAAAGGGAACAAUUCAGAUUUUGAUUCAAAGAAUCAUCAGACCGUCUGUAGUCAUUUCAAAGACUACGUAAAUCUUUUUUGCACUGCGCCAGAAGAAAAAAAAAAAGAACGACAAAACAAUCCUAAUCUUGAUUUGAAAAUCGAUAUUGAAGAACGAAAAAUGUUUCUUGAAGAGAAAAAUGCAGAUACAUUUGCAGGAAUUAUUCAGCAUUUGUACAAACCCGCUGAAGAGAUUGAGAGCAUCACAGAAUGCUAUGCAUUCUUACAAAAAAACUUUAUCAACAAAAAACAAAACACAAAGGAAACAAUCAAUUACAUUUUGUCAAACAUAGUUCUUUACAUUCUGAAACCAAAAUCUAAACACGUCAAGAGUAGUAACCACCUCUCUGCUCUACUUUCGAAAACUCUGCAAGAUGUAGGACUUGGGUUUCCCUUCCCCGACCCAUACUACCUGGCUUUGCUCUUAUUCUGGCCAAGUCCUACUCAGGAAAACACUGAAAUCGGGGUAUAUGUGAGAGCAAUUCGAAACUCAUAUCACAAGCGCCUGACUUUAUGGUUUCGAAACAGGAGCACUGUUGCCCACUUCUUUUUGGGGAAAGAAGAGGGACUCAAGAGGCUUGUUUCUAAACCCCAACUGGAUGAGAACUUUAAAGAGAUGCGCCGUGAUAUCUUGGCACAACACUGGCGGAACGGAGAUAUAUUUAAAGAAAAAGCAAUAAUUGACCGCCUUCAACGAGUCAGUGGAACCACUGAGCAAGGAGAGGUGUUUGCUAAUUAUGGAAAACUGAAGAUCCCUGUUCGUCCAGCUCUUAUUGCUGGUAUAAGAAGUGGUUUCAGCACAGAAAAGGUUUCUUUCUACCUUGGUUUUGCUGUUAAUGGACCCCUUGCUUAUGACAUCCAGUAUGAAAACUAGGGUAGUUGACUGUACAAACACAUGCAACACAAGCACUGAGAAAAAACAAAACAAUCACCAGUGUGUAUGAGGACAAUGGGAUCAAUAACAGAUAUGCGGAGAUAAUCAAAGAACACAAGCAGGUUCUCCACAGUUUGAAAACUGAAGGAACUGACUGUCUGUGGUCAUUUUAAACAGUAUGCAGUUCGUUUUUGCAACACACCAGAGGACAUAAGAGAAUGACAAAACAAUCCUAAUCUCAAUUUGAAAAUGGAUAUUGAAGAAAGAAAAUUAUUUCUUGAAGAGAAACAUGCAGAUACAUUCACAAGGAUUCUUCUGCAUUUGGACAAACCUGUCGAAGACGUUAAGAGCAUUUCGAAACUCGAAAAGGAGCACUGUUGCCCAACUGAGACUCAAGGCUUGUUUCUAAACCCAAACUGGAUGGAAAACUGAAAAUCCCUGUUUGUCCAGCUCUCACUGCUGGUAUAAGAAGUGGUUUCAGCACAGACAAGGUUUCUUUCUACCUUGAUUUUACUAUGGAUGGACCCCUUGCUUAUGACAUCCAGUAUAAAACCAUGGGUAGGUGAUUUUUACAGACAUGUGAAACAAGUAUUGAGAAACGAGCUGUACAGUGGAAAAAAGUGGUGUGGCAUCUAGUGACUCACUGUAAUGGAAUUUCAACCACACCUCAUAAAAACACACAAGCAAAUUAUAGGUAAAACAGAUUGUGGGGUUAAAUUAAUCCUGCGGCUCAAGCUAUAUAUGUAUAUAUGUUUUUAUAUUCCUUUUAUCUCAUUUA